GCGGGGAGGUUAAGAAAUGGAGAUGGACUGUAUUCAUCAGCAGCUGAGAGAAGCCACAUCCAAAAUCCAGGAACAAAAGGAAACUUUGGAAAUCUAUAAACAAAAAUACACCACUGCAAUAGCAAAAGUGUUUCAAGUACAAAGGCAGGUCAAAAUUAAGGAGAAUGAGCUCCAACAUUUACGGCAAAAGCUACAAGAGUCUGAGUUAACAAGUUUUUCUGUAAAGGAAGAAUUAACUGAAAUGCAACAACGAUAUGAAGAAAAGGUAAAUCAUUGGGAGAGCACAUCAGAAGCUCUUGACCAGCUGACAGAUGAGCUCCAAGCCAAUCAGAGUUUACUGAGAGAGAGUCAGCAAGAAGUGGAGCGUUUGAGGAGCCAUGUUGGAGCAUUGCAUAACCAGAUGGACUCACUCAAACAGCAGAAAGUGAUGGUGGAUUGUUCUGAAAAGGAGUAUCUUCAUCGGACAAAGCUCCGUCAGCAACAGCAGGAGUGCUGUACUAACAAAGAUGAAUGCCUUGCGCGGACUGAAAAGGCUAUUCUUGAGAGGAAGUUAGAGCUUUGGAGACGAACACAGGAGAAAGAGGAUCUCCAGCAGUCCCUUUCUCAAUCCCAUAAACCCAAGAAUAACUGCAGUCAGAUAGAAAAGAAAGUGAGACGUUUAAAAGAGGAAUUGGGACAUUUAAAAUUUAUGCUGGAUGAAAACAAAAAGGUACACAGGAAACUAUUCAGUCAAGCAGAGAAACAACUAACGCAAGCCAAACAAGAGUCUGCAAGAAGGAGUGUGGAGUUGGAUCUACAAAGGAGAGAGACACGGAAACAUCAUGAGGAGUUUUGCAGGACUGAGGAAAAAAUGAGGAAUGCUAUCAAAGAAAUCCAGACUCUAAGAAUCUAUUAUGAACAGCUGAAGCAACAGCUUCUUGUGCUACAAAACCAGCACCAGAUGGCAGUGGAGGAGUUGGCAGUUGGUGCAGAAGAGGCGAGGCGGAUGGAGGGGUGCCUAAAUGAGGGGAAGCUAGCGGAGGAGAAAAUAAGCACUGAAAAGAGGAGUAUUGUCAUUCAAAGCCUCAACAAAACCAAGGACAUGCAUUCCAGACUGCAAAGCAACCUGGAGGCCAUCAGUAUGCUAAAUCAACAAUUAAACAUCCUCUGCAGGGAAAAUAAGCAUUUGCGUAGGCAGCUAGAGGAGGAGAGGUCCAUGCGCAGACAAGUGGAACAAGAGCUUUCACUUCCACCCGCCUCCCAGCACUGCUCGUCCAUCCACCUCCCAGUCUCCCUCAGUACCCAAUUUCCUCUUAUCUCCGCCUCCUUUUCCUCCACCCUUGGCCUUCCUCAUCUUCUGAACAGCAAGCCAGCAGGCAGGAGACGCAGAUGAGAUUCAAACUCAAAUCAAGCUAAGUGGACGUGGCGGACACAAAUCAGGUGAGGCUUUAGGUGAAGCGCUCUGGAGUAGUCUGACUAAGAAGUGUGCCGUGUCCUCCUCUUUAGAAGGUGUGUGGUCACGGAGGACGAGCAGGCAGCUGGCCAAAUGAAGCCCGUGAAGACUUUGACCGGUCAUGACUUUUCAACUCUCAGCUCGUCACUAGGGAACACACUCAGAAUUAUGUUGAUGUCCUGCAGGUCAAACUCAAGUCCCAUGGUUCUGUUUUGUCUAUGUUUGUUUUUGCCUGGGGAGGGGGGGUGCAUCCUAGAAUAUCCAACAUUUAUCAAGACAUUUAUUCCAAGAAAAAUGUAUAGAUUUCAUACAAAAUGCUCUGCCAGCUGGUUGAAGUGGCUUCAAUACCAAAAUAAUGUCAAAAAGAAUGACAUAAGGAGCAGUCUUUAAUGUCACAAACGUAUAAAAAAAAUCCUCAUUUAAAUGUUAGAAAACCUUUGAGUGUUUAAGCAAAAUAAAUCAACCAAAGUCUGGUUGUUUAUUGUUUUGUUUACCAGUU